GGUUUAAUUCUCUUUGGCAGAUUUAGCAGAGGCGAUGACGGAAGUUAAUUAUUAUUGUAUUUGAGAAAAAUAUUCAUCAAUCGAUUUAGUCUGUAUAUAAUUUAGUUUAUUCACCAAAUAUGGCAAACGAUGAUCAGGCACUGAAGCCGUUUCUGUGUAAUUAUAAACAUAAAGACUACACAUGCAAAGAAGUUGCAGGUCUUAUUCAAGUAUAUAGAGGCUUGAACUAUCGUUUAGAAGGAUUUGUGUUUAAUAAUGGAACCAGAAAAGAGUUACUUAACUUGGAAGGUACAAUUCCAGUGAAUUACAAGGGCACUAUGUACAACAUACCCGUAUGUAUUUGGCUUGUCGAUACACAUCCACAACACGCUCCAUUAUGCUUCGUGAAGCCAACUCCAGAUAUGUCAAUAAAAGUAUCGAAAUACGUAGAUAGUAACGGAAAGGUUUAUCUGCCGUAUUUACAUGAAUGGAAUGCAAAUGGAUCAACUCUUCUAAAACUUGUACAGUGUAUGAUAUCUGCAUUUGGGGAAUUACCACCAGUAUAUGCGAAACCCCGUAACGAGGCACGCCCAUCAUAUCCAAGCGGGUCAUUUAUGCCUCAACCGUCUGGAUACCCAUUAUUUCCUCAAGUAUCUCCCCAGCCUCCUUACCCAACUCCUACUCCUUACUUAGUUAAUCCUAACUUGCCAUAUCCGAAUUUUGGAACUCCAUACCCGGGCCCUGCCAGCACAAAUGGGACACCUUAUCCCCCUGCAAAUCCAACACAACAACCAUACCCACAAUUUACUGGCUACAAUGCUAGUCCUGACCCAGCUACUGGAGGAACUAUUACUGAGGAACACAUCAAAGCAUCUUUACUGUCUGCAGUUGAAGAUAAGCUUAGAAGACGCCUCAAGGAGCAGGCACAUCAGUCACAAGCCGAGCUUGAGACUCUACGUAGAACACAACAAGAACUAGUAGAUGGAAAAUCAAGGCUAGAAGAUAUACUAUCAAGACUUCAAAGGGAAAGGGCUGAUUUGGAUAAAAAUGUAGCCAUUUUGCAAGAUAAGGAAAAAGAAUUACAAUCAGCAGUAGAGAGAUUGGAUGGACAAGAAGGAGUUGAUGUUGAUGAGGCUGUUGUUACCACGGCUCCAUUGUAUUCCCAGCUAUUGAACUCAUUUGCUGAGGAGGCCACACUUGAAGACGCUAUAUAUUACAUGGGGGAAGCAUUGCGUAAGGAAGUCAUCGAUUUGGACACAUUUCUGAAACAAGUUCGAACAUUGGCCCGUAGACAGUUUACAUUAAGGGCACUAAUGCAUAAAUGUAGACAGAAAGCCCAACUAGCUUGUUAAUGACAGCCAGAUUGUUCAUUCAAUAUUGCUAUCUCUGUAAAUUGUAACGAUAAGUUGAACAUGUUUAUAUGAUUUUCUAUUCAAUCUUGAUACUUUCAAUAUCUAAGUAUGCUUUAGAACAUUUUUAUUUCAAUUGUAUGUUUCAAAUUACUAAUCCAAUAUUAUAAUAUUCAAAUAUUAAUUCUAUGCCUAUGUCUGGUACAAUAAGGCAUUCUAUUAUUGUAGUGAUAAAUGUUUAAAUAUUUAGACCUUAGUUUAAGGAUUGAUUCCCGCUGCACUCCAACUAGGUACUGCACUACCUAAGAACAAUAGCUUUUUUUUACGGCAAGUAUUAGAUGCUUGUGCGUGUGGUGUGGCAUCUUGACCCUCAAUCUUUCAAAUUUUGUAACAUACACUAUAUUAUUUUACAUUGCAAUUAAUAAAAUACAAAAUAAGUUUACUGAUGAUGUGUGAUCCCAGUGUCUUUCUUAUUAUUUUUACAAUGCAACCCGGCAUUUUAGUUUCAAUUAUUAGCAAAGUUUAACAGAACAUGUUGCACAUCAAUAUCACACAUUGUUCAAGGCUGGCUCAACUUCGCCUACUUGGUUGUAGUAUUAGUUUCCAUACUUUGUGACUAGGUCUGGGGUAUCUAGUUGUAGCGGAGUGGAGACCAAUACUUAAUCUAAGAUUUAGACUAUUCUUAGGCAAAUCUUCAAAUACCUAUUAUAUGCUUAUUGGUGACUAUAUAGUCACUAUUUUCAACAUAAUGUGAUGUAAUGGAUUUUUUAUAUAUUUCUGUGCAUUCAAGACUAUUUGUUUUAGAGAAAUGUAAUAUUAUUUCUAUGAAAUGACAUGCUUAUGUUAAAAUAAAGCUUAAAAUGGAAAUUGAAGAUAGUUAAAACUGCUCCUAUGGUUAAAUUAAUUUGUAGAAUAUACAUUCAGACAUUUAGUAUGUCUAUUAGAUACUAUAUACUCAGCUCAUUUUAUAUGAACCUGUUUUUAAUAGUUUAUAAGACUGUGAUGUGUCCAUUUACUUGUUAAUGCAUCAUGGAAAUCUAUAAAGCAUUGGAUGGUGAUAUAUUAUGUAAAUAAAUAUUUAAUCACUA